AUGUGCUCAAAUAUCAAUGCUUAUUCAAAUCCAAUUUAUGAUAUAAUCGAUGAAUCAAAUGUAUCAUUUACUCGUCCAUUAAUGAUUAAUAUUGAACCAACUUGUUCUUAUUCAUGUACAAAUACAAAUCAUAUACCUCUUUUACUUUUAGCUAAUUGUUUAACAACUCCUCCAUCAAAUAAUCAUCAUAAUUAUGUUAAUCAACGAAUUAAUGACAUGAUUGAUGAAGAACAAAAUGAAGAAAAUCUUAAUCCAUUAUAUGCUAAACCAAGAAAACGAUGUGUUACAUUACAAGAUGAACCUGUUAUUAUUCCACCAAAGACAAGUCGAUUUUCAAUGAAAUCAAUAAAACCUGAACGAGCUCAAUUAGUUAGUACAACAUUACCAGUUGUAACUGUACUUUCAUCAAUUGAACCAACAGAUGAAAUAGAUCAAUUUAUUGCACGUGAAAAUGAACGUGUUGAACGAGUUAAACUACGGAGACGACAAUGUAAAACAACAACAAUUAUUAAACAAACAGAAAAAUCUCUACCAGCAUUUAGCAAUCCAAAUUAUAUUGAAAUACCAAUAUUAAAUGAUAAUGAAGAGAAAAAUUUAUCAAAAUCUAUUCUUGUUUAG